AUGGAACAGUCUAAUAUGGUCGGUCUGUUCAACAAGUACGGCCUUGGGCACGCCAUCGAGGAACUGCGUAAUUUCGGAACCCUCGUGAACGCCGUGGGAACCUGGCACCAGAGUGUUUGGGAAUCAAAGCGCUUUACUCGACUGCCGACUGCAGAAUCGAUGCAAGCUGUCGCUUUGGAUUACGGGUUCUACAAUUGUCAGACACCGUAG